AUGUAUCAUUAUACCAGUCCUCCCCCAGGGUGGUCCUUCGACUAUAUGACUUCUCCUCCGACCUCUCCUCACUACGCCUACUACGCCACCCAGUUUGCCAAUGCCUACGCUUCUCCUCGAGGUUCAUCCAAACGUCACAGCCGCAAAGCCAGUUACGCCGGCACUAAAGAGACGGGAGGGUGGUAUCCCGGGUACGGUCAAAGUUUCUACGAGGCGAUGCCUGAGUAUGGCUCGCCGCCACGCAAGCACGAUCCUGUAAGUGCUUCUUUUGGUGGCUAUCGUCGUCGUCGUAGUACCAUGUCCGGCGCCCCGGCGGACCCGUGGGAUAACGUUGCUGCCGAACCGUCGCCGUCGUCGCGAAAACGAUCCGUCUUUGUGGAUGUGGUUGACGAUGUCUUCGAGGAUGCGCCCCGAUAUGUCUUCCGCGAGGAACCCAUCAAAUCCCGUCGAUAUCCGUCUACGUCUCAGCGCAAGCCAAAACCCCCCACUGAUCAAUAUUUUUACUAUAACCAGGUUCCCCCAUAUGAUGACACGGAUUCCCCAAAACGGUCUCGUGCGCGCCGUCAAUCCACUUCCUCGCGCACCCCAUCUAAGCCCAAACCGACCGCCGCGCCCAGCAAGCCCACUCCCAAGGCAACCGAAGAGGAUGCUUCUCGGGCUGGUAUUCCCCCGGGGUACUCGAUCAAGAACUGGGAUCCCACGGAGAUGCCGAUUAUCCUUCUGGGAAGUGUCUUCGAUGCGAAUUCUCUUGGCAAGUGGAUCUACGACUGGACGGUAUUUCACCACGGCGCUUCAACCCCGAUGGCUGAUGUGGCGGGGGAUCUGUGGUUGCUGCUGAUCAAGCUAGCGGGUAAGGUCAAGAGGGCCGAUGAAUGUUUCGAUCGGAUCCGGAGUCCGGACGCGCAGGAGGUUGUUGAGGACUUUUUAGAGAGCGGUGAGCGGCUAUGGUCGCGCUUUAAGAAAUUGCUGAGGACUUGUGAACAGUUUAUGUGGAAAGCGGCGAAGCGAGAAGGGGGGAAGGGCUCGGUGUCGAUGGGCCGUAAUGCGGGCUGCGAAUUUGUCGAAUCGAUUUUCGGACGGGACCGCGAGCUGGAGAACACGGAGAAAUUGAUGAACAGCAUCCGUUUAUGGAACAUGCGUUUUGACGCCAACUGCGAGGAUAUCCUUCGACGACCGACGGCAGUAUAA